ACCACACACUCCAGCACAGUAGGUGGCAGAAUGCAACUUUAACGUUUGCGGACCGCCAUUACAUCAUAGAAGAACAAGAAUAAUAAGAAGAUUUAUCUUUGUUUUAACAUUUAUUCAGUGCCAUACCAUGGCGUCGAUUGAGGCUUGGUUUAUGGAUGAUUCUGACGAAGAUCAUAGGAUGCCACAUAAACUAAACCCAAACGAACCCGUGUCUUUGAAGGAGUUAGAAAAUAUUGGGGUUUUCUACUGGAAGUUAGAUGCUGAUAUUUAUGAAACAGACCCUGUGCUGGAAAAGAUCCGUAAAGACAGAGGCUACUCCUACUCCGACAUCAUCACUAUCGACAAGGACAAACUACCUAACUACGAGGACAAGCUGAAGAUGUUUUUUGAGGAGCACCUUCACCUGGAUGAUGAGAUCCGCUACAUCCUGGAUGGCAGGGCCUACUUUGAUGUGAGGGACAGAGAGGACCGCUGGAUCCGCAUCGCCAUGACCAAGGGAGACCUGAUCACUCUGCCUGCAGGCAUCUACCACAGAUUCACUCUGACUGAGACCAACUACACUCAAGCCAUGAGACUGUUCGUGGGGGAGCCUGUAUGGAAGGCCUACAAUCGUCCAGCAGAUGAGUUUGAUAUUCGCCAGAAGUAUGUGAGCGCUCUCCAAUGUGCUUAAGACGAGCAACAGGUGGUACUGAAUGGAUGCAGUGUCCAUAGAAUUACACGAUUUCUAUGACCAACCAAUCUUCUAGGAACCAAUUUAGUGGAGUUGGAUAAUCAAAGACUCAUCUCAUGACAAAGGCUUUUGUAUUAUCAGGUAUUUCAAAUCGUGCAGUGCCUACAUUGUAAGCAAUUAUACUAAUUAAAACACCACUUUCUAUGAUUUUGUCUGUUGUAUUGCACCACUCAAGGUCACAUUCUAUUUUUGUAACACUAAGUCUGUGAGAAUUAAGUCUAGUAAGCUGUUUGUUACCUACGGUGAGCUAAAAUGCCAGUAAGCUAUCACAUUAAAAAAAAAUCACUCUUCAAUCA